AUGAGUUUUUUUUUUUUGUUUUAUGUAUGUUCUGUUUGCUUUUUCUUGUGUGUUUGUGUGUGUGAGCGCUUGUCUGCUCUUUUUUUUUCUUCUUUGAUGGCGCAUUUUGGAAAAGAACACACACAAGAAAAAGCAAACAUAAUGUGCCGUAGGCGCCUGGCGCCUGCGGAUGUCGACAUAAGGAGGUUGCUCGAUGCCUACCGCAGUGGCCAUUCCUCCAGGGACGUCCAUUCCUCAGUGGGAGGAAUGAUGAUGGGCGUCAGGCCUACUUUGCUUUUCAGCGCGUGUCUGCUUGGGCAGCGUGUGACGUAUCGCGGGGGAAGUUGCGCACCUCCAGUGCAUCGCCGCACGCCUGUCGGGUUUAUUGUGGACUGUCUGUGGCGUGAGCACCGCCUUGUCGACUGUCUUCCCAUCUGCCCGGAGAUGGACCUUCUCGCCAUGCCGUCGCCGCGGCCACCACUUCGACUGGUGAAGGAUUCACGUAGCGGGCGUCGUAGACUUGUGACUUCACCGCCAACCGUGUCGGAGUAUGUAAUUCCCCCGCCUGAAAUGUAUCGUGAGGAAGGGAAUGGUGUGAAGGAACGUCUUUUGCAACGCCAUCCACGCCUUGCGAAGGAGUUGCUGGUGCGUCGCCUUGCCGGAAUGGAUGGAUGUGUCUUCAAGUCUCGGUCGCCCAGCUGCGGUGUGCUGGACGCGCGCAUGUACGCUGCGGAGAGUGGCGGAAGCUACGAGGGGACGGAUGGUUUUUUCGUGGAGGAGUGGGUGCGGCCGGCUGCUGAAGCGACGACGAUGCCGCUGCCUUUGACAACGGAGCGUCAGUUGUGCUUUGGUGAUGUUGCGUCCUCGUCUCAAAGGAUACGGUUGGGGGGCAAUUACGCAGUCUUGUCUUUUCUCGCGGAUGUUUGGGCCCGCUUUGACGCUCGAAUUGAUGCAGCGACAUUUUCUUCUCUCUGA